GAAUCUAGAUUUAAGUUUGAAGCUAAGACUAUACAGAGAAUGGAGCUUUUGGUGUUGUCUACUUUGAAAUGGAGGAUGCAUCCGGUGACUCCAAUUUCCUUCUUUGAACACAUUGUUAGAAGGCUUGGUUUGAAGAGCCGUUUGCACUGGGAGUUUAUGUGGCGUUGUGAGAGGGUUCUUCUUCAUGUCAUUGCUGAUUCAAAGGUUAUGAUGAGUUAUCUUCCUUCUACAUUGGCCGCUGCUACAAUGAUCCAUGUAAUUAAAGAGAUUGAACCAUUUAAUGCAACUGAGUACAUUAAUCAGCUAUUGGAUUUACUAAAGAUUAGUGAGGAACAAGUGAACCAAUGCUACAAGCUUAUGCUGAAGCUAUUAGUUUCCGAUGAUGGCAUUUAUAGUCUUCACCAGAAACGGAAGCGAGUAUCUGAACCAAGUAGCCCGGGUGGUGUCAUUGACGCUUCUUUCAGCUGUGAUAGCUCAAAUGAUUCAUGGACCGUGGCAUCGUCUGUUUCUCUUUCAGUGCAGCCGAUGUUUAAGAGGAGCAGAGCUCAGGACCAGCAGAUGCGACUUCCUUCUGUGAAUCGUGUGUCUAUCGAUGUCCUUAAUAGCCCUCGUUAAUAAUGAACGAUCUUAGUAUUUUUACUUCAAAUGUGGUAGUUCUCUUUCACAUAAUUCUGGUGGCAGUUAUGUUAUUGAUUCCAAUUACAUUAUGUUCUAAUUACCAUAUACAUUUCUAGCCAAACAUUUGAAAAUGAAUGGAAUGAGGCAGAAGCUGAGAUUCCUUCA